AUGGUGCUGGGUGGUGACGGCCGCUACUUCAACAAGUACUCCCUGCAGGUAGUCUUGGCAAUGGCUGUCGCGAACGGUGUCUCUGAGAUUUGGGUGGGUCAGGACGGGCUGCUAAGCACCCCAGCCAUGAGUGCAGUCAUCAGAACCCGGAAGGGGGGCUUUAUCCCCUUCGGUGGCUUCCUCUUGACGGCCUCGCACAACCCUGCUGGUGUCGAUGGAGACUUUGGCAUCAAGUUCAACUGUGAGAACGGCGAGCCAGCCCCACCCAAGAUCACCGAGAAGAUCUACAAAAUCUCUCAAAGCAUUUCUGAGUACAAGACUUGCAAUCUCCCCAGGUUGGACAUCUCGAAAUGUGGGACCACGAUGCUUGGAGGCGCGCGCGUUGAGGUGUUCAAUCCUGUCGACGACCAUGUGGCGUUGCUGAAGACGGUCUUUGACUUCGAGGCAAUCAAGAAGCUCAUUCACCGGCCUGACUUCUCCUUCUUCUACGAUUGCAUGCAUGGAGUACAGGGCCCUUAUGCCAAGCGUGUGUUUUGCGACGAGCUUGGCGCAAAGGCAUCGUGCCUCAUGAAUGACACUCCCAAGGAGGACUUUGGAGGAAAGAACUCCCCACAGAAAGGCCACGCAGAUCCGAAUCUCAGCCAUUCAUUGGAGCUCAUGGCUAAGUUGGCGGUCAACAAGGAGGGGAUGCGCUUGGCUUAUGACCAGUUUCCCGCUGCAAGCUUCGGUGCGGGAGCUGACGGCGAUGCUGAUCGGAAUAUCAUCUUGGGCAAGAACUGCUUUGUCAGCCCUGGCGAUAGUCUGGCCAUCAUCUUGCAGCAUGCGCAGUGCAUCCCGUUCUUCCGUGAUGGCGUGAAAGGCUGUGCACGUUCAUUGCCGACUACAGGUGCGCUGGACCGCGUCGCGAAGAAGAAGAACAUCCCCUGCUUCGUGACGCCAACAGGCUGGAAGAAUUUCGGCAAUCUCAUGGAGUCAGGUACAAAGCUUCCUGGGAAGACGUACACGCCCUUCAUUUGUGGUGAAGAGUCCUUUGGCACCAGCAGCAACCACGUCCGCGAGAAGGAUGGGAUGUGGGCAGCAAUGGCUUGGUUGCAGAUCCUCGCAAGCAAGAACACCGACCCGAAGAGCCCUCUGGUCGGAGUACGAGACUUGUGUCGAGAGCACUUCAAAGAGUUUGGGCGCCACUACUACUGGCGCUACGACUUUGACGGGCUUGACAAGGACGAAGCUGAAGCGACCAUGAAGAAGAUUGUUCAAGAAGGGCCGAAGAUGGUUGGGAAAGAAGUCAAGGAGAUGAAAGUGCAAAGUGUGGAGGACUUUGUGUACACAGAUCCUGUGGAUGGGUCGGUGACCAAAGGGGAGGGAGUCGUCUUGAAGUUCUCAGGGGAGGCACGUGUCGUGGUGCGCCUGAGUGGAACAGGGUCCAGUGGAAAGGCCUCCAUGCGCCUCUACCUGGAGAAGUAUGAAUCCCCACAGGGACAGUUGGAUGUAAGCGCUUUGGAAAUCACAAAGCCCCUGCUUGAUGCGACCAUGACGCUGACUCCCUUGCCCAAACUUCUUGGCAGCUCUUUCAAGGAGAAGAUGGAAACCAAAAAGUUGCCAACUCAGUUCAUUUCUUGGUGGCUGGGACUCUUUGAGGAACUCUGCCAAGGCAAGAAGGGCGUCGUUUUGGAGAAGAACAUCUUGCCUGUGAAUGCGCUGCCGGACUUGCAGGGCCUGCCUGUUGGUGACGACUCACUUCUGUCUAAGACAGUGGUGAUGCGUUUGAACGGUGGCCUGGGCACAACCAUGGGCUUGGACAAGGCAAAGAGCUUGCUGAAGGUCAAGGAGAACCACACCUUCAUGGAUCUCAUCGUGAAGCAGGUCAUGCAGAUUCAGGAGAAGCAGCCGCUGCGCUUCAUGCUCUUCAACUCCUUCUCCACGGAGGCGGACACCAAGGAGUUCAUGAAGAAAUAUCCUGCGUUCCACUCUAAGUGGGAGGCCGUCUCCUUGAAGCAGUACAUGGCCCCAAAAGUCACUGACUCCUUCGCGCCUGCGAAAUAUCCGAAGAAGCCCAAUUGUGAGUGGUGCCCACCGGGACAUGGUGACAUCUAUGCUGCCUUGCUCCUUUCGGGAACCCUGGACAAACUCUUGAAGGAAGGCUACAAGUACAUGUUUGUCGCGAAUUGUGACAACUUGGGAGCUUCCGUCAACAUGCGCCUCCUGGGACACUUGGCGAGCUCGGGUGCCUCCAUGCUCAUGGAGGUUUGCAUCCGUGGCGAAGAAGACAAAAAGGGUGGACACUUGGCCCGCACCGCCGAUGGAAAGUUCACUCUGCGGGAGAGCGCCCAAGUCCACAAGCAGGAUGAGAAAGCCUUUGAAAACAUCUCCAGGCAUCGUUACUUCAACACCAACAACAUCUGGUUGAACUUGGAGAAGCUGCGCAGCGCACUGAAGGACGGGCUCUUCAAGCUGCCCCUCAUUGCCAACGAAAAGAAGCUGGACCCGACCGGAAAGGAUGAAAACGUGUCACCCAUCCCGCAGUUCACUGAACCAAAGCCAGGUGCAGGCUCCACGGUUGUGCAAGUCGAGACUGCUAUGGGUGCCGCCAUCUCCUUGUUCCCCGAUGCACAGGCGAUUGUGGUUCCCUCUGAUCGCUUUCUUCCGGUCAAAACCAACGCGCAGUUGGCAGUGCUGCGCAGCGAGGCAUUCACCGUGGGCGAGGACUUCACAUUGAUGAAAGCUCCACGGCCCCGGGCUCCAGUGGAUCCGCUCAUGAAGCAGCUGCCGCCGAUGCUGCGCAGCUUUGCCGCCAUGGCGCACGCGCAGCAGCUUCACGUGGAGGCGAAGCCGCGCAAAGUCGCCGGGGUAGUGGAGGUUGCCUACACCUGCGAUGGUAAGCCCAUCUCCCCGUGGCAUGACAUUCCGCUGUACUCCAAUGCUCUCAACGUGGUCUUUGAGAUGCCGAAGAACUCGAGUGCCAUUGUCAGAGUCUCGACAGGCAAAGGAAAUCCAAUCAAGCAUGUCGUGCAAAGCGGAAAACUUGCGUUCUUCGACGGGCCCAUCUACUGGAACAUUGGCAUCCUGCCGCAAACCUGGGGAAACCCAGCCAUCAGUGAUCCCACACUGAAGGUUUGUGGCAACGACAGGCCCAUGGAAGUCAUCGAAAUCGGCAGCGCCGCCGUUGUCCAAGGAAUGGUCAAAGAAGUGAAGCCUCUGGGCUUGCUGCCGGUGGUCUUUCAGGGAAUGGUGCACUGGAAAGUCAUCGGCGUCUGCCUCGACGACCCCCUUGCCAAGAAGCUCCAAAGCGUCAAAGACAUCGACGCUCAGUGCAAGGGUGUGGUCAGCGGAAUUCGUGAGUGGUUCCGCUGGCACCUUGUGGCAAAAGGCCAGCCGCUCUGCAAGAUGGAGGAGGUCAUGACAAAGGAGAAAGCCAUGGAGGUCAUCAAACGGCAACAUGAGCAGUGGCGCAGCCACACGGAGGCCAAGACUUCAGGGAAAGCGCUCAAAACACAGGGUUUCGUGAACAUGGAGGUGCCGCAUUCACCCGCGCCGGCCCUGCAGCAGCCUGCAGAGGUCAAAGCCCCUGUCAAGACCUGCAAGGCCGAAGAGAGCUACGUCACCUUCACGAAAGGAGACCCCGGCACCAAGGACUUCCAGCUCAGCUUCAAGCGUCAGACCCCUGAAUCCCUGAAGGCCCAAAGUGCAGCCAACACGACGCAGACGCCGGCCCAGAAGGCAGAAGUGGAGAAGAUCAAGUCGGUCUCCCCUUGGCACGAUUUCCCGCUCAACGCCGGGCCCGGCCAGUUCUACUUCGUCACCGAGAUUCCCAAGAUGACCACCGCCAAGUUUGAGGUGCAGCUGGAGAUAGAGGGAAACCCCAUCAUGCAGGACACCAAGAAGGGCAAGCCGCGACAUUAUGCUGGCCCGAUGUUCUGGAACUAUGGCAUGCUGCCCCGCACUUGGGAGGAUGAUACUGAGGAGAUGGAUGACGAGGAGGGCUACACCGGCGACGGUGACCCGCUGGAUGUCGUGGAGAUUGGUUCGCGUCAGCUGGGCCUCGGCAGCGUCACCAAAGUCAAGCCGCUUGGUGCCCUGGCCCAAAUUGACGAGCACGACCUGGACUGGAAGAUCAUUGCCAUCAGCCUUGAGGCCAGCUCGAUGCAUGCAGUCUUGUUUCAUCUGUUCAAAUGGGCACACGGGGAGUCGGAUGGGCACAUGCUGGGCACAUGCUGGGCACAUGCGGGGCACAUGCGGGGCACAUGCGGGGCACAUGCUGGGCACAUGCUGGGCACAUGCUGGGCACGUGCGGCACUAGCAGACCCCCUGGCUGCCGAGUUGAACGACAUCUCUGAUGUGGAGAAGAAGCUGCCGGGAGUUGUCAGCGGCAUUCGGGAAUGGUUCAGGUGGUACAAGACACCCGACGACAAAGCUCCGAACAAGUUUGCAUACAAAGACAAGGCCUUCGGAAGAGAAGAGGCGAUCAAGGUGAUCAACAAGUGCCACACGACAUGGAAGAAGCUGCUCGAUGGUGGAUCGAAGCCUGGUCGCAAGUGGGUGCCCGGGAACUUAUCUCUGAGGGAGAAGACCUUCGCCAUGAUCAAGCCCGAUGCGGUGAGGAAAGGCUACGUGGACGAGGUGGUGCGCAGAAUCACCCAGGCGGGCCUGAAAGUUCUCCGCAAGGAAGAGCGGCAGCUGACAUCCGACGAGGCGAAGAACUUCUACGUGGAGCAGCAGGACAAGUUCUUCUAUGCCAAACUCGUCGAGUACAUGACAAGCGGCCCAGUCGUGAUCAUGGAGCUGGAGGGCGUCAAUGCAGUAAAGGUGUGGGACAAGCUGAAGGGACCAAGUGACCUAAAGAAGGUGAACAAGGAGGCGCCGCAGUGCCUGCGAUCGCUCUUCGGCAUGGAUCCAACCCGGAAUGGCUUCCAUGGCAGUGAUUCCAUUUCCGCAGCUGCUCGCGAGCUGGGCUUCUUCUUCCAUGCCGAUGAGUUCCGCGCGAAGAUGGUGAAGAAGGGGAUGAGCCCAGCCUUCAUCAAAUGGUGGAUGGAUCUCUACCAACGACUAUGCGGCGGGAGCAAGGGGAUCGUGAGGGAGAACAAGAUACUGCCGGCCACCGACCCCAAGCCCCUUACACAGAUUCUGCCUGCAAGUGCCUCCACCUUGGGGAAGACGGUGGUGAUGCGCCUGAACGGUGGCUUGGGUACCAGCAUGGGCCUUGACAAAGCCAAGAGCUUGCUCAAGGUCAAGGACGAGCACACCUUCAUGGAUCUCAUCGUGAAGCAGGUGAUGCAGAUUCAGGAGAAGCAGCCGCUGCGCUUCAUGCUCUACAACUCCUUCUCCACUGAGGCGGACACCAAGGAGUUCAUGAAGAAGUACCCCUCCGUCUUCGCAAGCUGGGAUAAGGUGUCCCUGCUCCAAGGCAUGGCCCCUAAAGUGGACGCAGAGACCUACAAGCCAGCAGAAUGGCCAGAGAAGCCAAGCGCCGAGUGGUGUCCACCCGGACAUGGCGACAUCUUCCUUACUUUGGCCACCACUGGAACCCUCGAGCGUCUACUUAAGGACGGCUACAAGUACAUGUUCGUGGCCAACAGCGACAACUUGGGUGCUUCGGUUGACUUGCGCAUGUUGGGUCAUCUGGAGCGGUCGAAGGCGCCCAUGCUCAUGGAGGUCUGUGUGCGCGGCGAGGCGGACCGGAAGGGUGGUCACUUGGCACGGAUGGUGCAGAGUGAGAAGGACAAGAAGGACAAGAAAGACGAUCAGGGCGACAAAGGCAAAGACGGCAAAGAGAGCCACUUGUCCGAGAAGGGCCAGCUGACACUCCGAGAGAGUGCUCAAGUGGCUGGAGCUGAUGAGAAGGAUUUCCAGGAUGUGGCCAAGCACCAGUACUUCAACACCAACAACAUCUGGCUGAACCUUGAAAAGCUUCAAGAGAUCUUGAAGAAGGGCCAUCUGAAGCUACCUCUGAUCGCCAACGGAAAGCGUGUGGAUCCGUCUAGCAAGGACGACCCCGGCUUCGAGGUGGUUCAGGUGGAGACAGCCAUGGGUGCCGCGAUCUCGCUUCUCCCAGGGUCAGAAGCAAUUCUUGUGCCGCCGUCUCGAUUCCUGCCUGUCAAGAACAACUCGCAGCUGGCCGUGUUGAGAGGUGACGCAUACACCGUCGGUGCCAACUACACCUUGGUGCGCCGCCCGCAACCCGUUUGUUCACAGCCAUCGCUGAAGAAGAGGCUGCAGGCUGUUUUCGUGACCUCGGAGGCGGCACCAUUCUCGAGCACCGGUGGCUUGGGCGAAGCCAUGCAUGGUUUGCCAAAGGCCCUUGCUCAACGUGGGAACCGCGUCAUGGUGAUUGCUCCCCGAUACGACCAGUACUUCGAGGGUUGGGACACAGGCUAUUGGAAGCGAAUCGAGAUGGGAGCACACAAGGAGACGCUGCACUUCUUCCAUGCCUUUGUGGAGGGUGUGGACUACGUCUUUGUGGACAACCACAUGUUUCUUGGGAAGAUCCCCACGAAGACGGAGGGCCGCCUCUACGGCCCCCAUGCAAACCAAGAUUUUGAUGACAACCAGUUCCGCUUUGCCUACUUCUGCCGCGCAGCUGUGGCAGCCAUCCGUGAGCUCCCACUGGGAGGCUACCCCUAUGGCCCAGAAAGUGUCGUUGUCGCGAAUGACUGGCACAGUGCCGCUGUCCCCAUGCUGAUCCACAUGGAAAAGUCGGCGAAUCCGACCGCGUGGAAGGAUACGAAGGUGAUGUUCUGGUGCCAUGACAAGGCCUUUCAGGGCAAUUUCCCGCGCACUGAGGAUUUGGCAGAAGUCUAUGGCAUGAUGCCGAGCUACCUUGACAGCAUUACCUUCGGAAAGGCCGGGACUCCAUACAUUAGCAUGGUGGCGUCUGGUCAGCGCUAUUCCGACAAAGACGUUGAGACAGGCCGGGCACUAGCAACAUCUGGUCUCGCACCCACUCCUCCGAAGGAAAUGAGCUGGGAGCAGGCCGCUCGAGAGUGCGAAGCAGCACUGGCGCAGCUCAGGGGCUGA